AUGACUGGAAAAGCAAGGUUGCAAGCUGGUGGAAAUGGUGCGGGAACCAUGACGGUACCUGGUGUGGACAUAAUAAACUCCUUUAAAAGGUGCUUUGUAAUGGAAAAUAGAAGGAAGAAGAUGCACCCAUUCUUGUUCUGUCCGAGGGGUUGGUUUACUUUUGGACAUGCUUCAUUUGCUUUGCUCUUCUUCUUCGGACACAUUUGGCAUGGUGCCCGAACCUUGUUCAGAGAUGUUUUUGUUGGUAUUGACCCAGAUUUGGAUGCUCAAGGAAAAGAAAGGGGAUCAGAUGCAGUGGAAAAAACCUCUAAAAAUAUUGUUUUCCUGUAUCGUUUACUCAAGAUGUGGAUUGCGAAAAAGCAUCAGAAGAAAAAAGAAAAUGUUCCUUCACGAAUGGAAAAGCAGUGGCAUUCAGACACAAUCAUAGGAACACAUGAUAACACUAACAAAUCAAAAGAGUAUAGAUAUUACUCAUGGGCAUGA